AUGAACUCAGCAGAGAUGAUGGCGUCACCAGAGAUGCUUGAGGAGCCUCAGGAGCCUGAGGUGCCAACUGUGACGGAGACCUUCUCUAUGCCGACAUCGUGGAUAGAGGGCACCGCAGAUCCUCCUACCGAGGUAGCGACAACAGUGUCGGUCUCAGAACCAAGUGCGGAGGGAGCGAAGAGACGUCGCCUGAAUGUUGCCCAUGGUGACAGAGCCAGCGACGAACCACCGACUCUGACAAUCCCAUCUAGUGAUGCCGCAUCCACGGAAGAACCACCUCGAUGCUUGCACAGCAGCCUCGACGAGAUGCCUCUGAGGUUUGCGCCGACAGGCAUUCUGUACUCCAAGGCAGAGAAUGGGCAGCAGAAGGGGCCGUUCAAGGUGGGUGGCCUCGAGCGCGCCCCACGAAGCGGGGAGCAUCCCUUCGAGGCGCUCCAGACCGGCGCCUUCAAGACCAAGGCCCUGAAAACCGAGGGAGUGCUCAGCGGCGCUAACGGCCGACAAAAUCAGUUCGCCCUUGCUGCGAAGAGCUUCCAGGGUCCGCCAACGGUGAAACCUGCCGGUGCCAUUGGUGAUGGCCUGGAAAGUCUGGAGUCGAAAGCUUUCGAGUGA